UAAUGUGAUCAUGAUAAUUUUACUUUAAAUACAAUAUUACUUAUUAUUUUAAAUAUAAAUAAUUAUAAAAUGGAAUACAGAUUGGAUAAUAACACUAAUAAACAUCACGCUGACUGCCGAUUUAGGAGACAUAUAAAACAAAGGAUAUCGAUACGGCGACAAAACAAACGCGUGGUCUUCAAAACAGGAGAGUUAAACUUCGAAAAAUCUUCCUCGGAAACUCCGUUUCGUAUAAUACCUGAUAUUAUUUCAAAGUUUAUAGAUGCGAGGUGGAGAUGGAGCCUAAUAUUUUGCAUUCUAGUUUACAUUUUAAUAUGGUUCUUAUUUGCAUCUAUUUGGUGGCUUAUUCUUUAUUUACAUGGAGAUCUUAGAGAAGAAAAUUUGCCCAGUGCCAACAACGGAACAAUUUGGAACCCAUGCGUUCGAGAAAUUUACAGUUUCACGUCUAUUUUUCUAUUCAGUAUUGAAAUACAUACCACAAUAGGCUAUGGCAAGAGAGCUAUAACGCUAGAAUGUCCUUCGGCUAUGUUAACCAUGUGCAUCGAAGGUAUAGCAGGACAUUUUACGCAAGCAUUAAUUGUUGCGAUAGUUUUCGCAAAACUAACAAGACCAAAAAAUCGAGCACAAUCCCUUAUAUUCUCAAAAAGUGCUAUUAUUAAUCAAAGAGAUACACAUUUGUGUUUGAUAUUCAGGGUAGGAAAUAUAAGAAAAUCGAGGAUAAUAGCAUCAAAAGUGAAUGCUUAUUUAAUUCAAUAUGAAAGGAAAUCAGAUGAUGAUAUCAUAGUGAACAAUGAACAAAUUAAUUUACGCGUUAAAGUUGAUGCAUGCGAUGACAUACUAUUUUUAAAUCCAAUAUCUGUUGUUCAUAGAAUUGAUAGUGACAGUCCUUUCUAUAACAUGUCUGCCCAAGAUAUGUUGAAUUCAGAUCUAGAGAUAGUAGUCGUCUUUGAAGGCAUCAUCGAAUCGACGGGACAGACUGUUCAAGCAAUAUCGAGUUACACCAGUCAAGAGAUAAUGUGGGGCCGACGAUUUUCACAGCUGAUACAUUUUCAAAAGAAUAAGCAAGGUUAUGUAAAAGAUUUCUCAAAGUUUGAUGAAAUGUGUCGAGUGAAUACACCACUUUGUAGAGCGAAAGAACUAGAUGGUUAUUUUGAAAAUAGAAAACGUUUAUCGUCUGUACUUACGUGAGUGAUCAGCACCUUCACUUAUGUUACUUCUUUAGUAUUUUGAAUGAUAUUGGUUUAAGAUGCGGAUUUAUAAUCAUUACUAAUUUCCUCAGGUUCAUAAUGUCUUCAUAUAUAGUUUUCAACGCGAACAUUUGUAUUUCAAUGGUGGAUAACCUUAUUUUUAUAGCUGUCAAUUGUCUGGUGCAUGAUUUUAUAUCUUGAUCCAAUUUUAACAAUUUCUUAUUAUUAAUGUCUAUAUUUUCUUUUAAGAAACUUUUUGUCGUCAUCAUCUUUUUUAUUAUAAUUUAUUAUAAACAAUUACGAAUAGCACAACUAGGUACUUCCUGUUUUAUCACUACUGUGAAAUAUGAACCAACAAAAUAUAAAAAAUGAACUGAAAACGUCAGGAAGGUGAACGAUAAAUAAUCACAGCAAGAUAAGCAUUACAGCUGUAGCGAUUGGCAAAAUAAUGAUACCUAAGUAAUAUCAAUAGCCGUUUAAUUCCAAUCAUUUUUGAAUCAUUCACCUAUUAUCGAAUUCAUAAACAAAGACUACAAUACUCAGAAAUCUAAAUAAUAGGCAUAAGUACAUAUGCCUAUUCUGUACGUAUUCUGUGUAAAAACUAUUAAAUUAA